AUGGCCCUGGUAAGUACGGGUGAGCCAGCGGCCAAGAGGCAAAAGUAUACCGGCGGCGCGGAGCUUGUCCCAGCACUUCAGGAGCAGCUUAUCCAUGUUCAGCAUGUGAACAGAAAAAGUGGCCUUUUCGGGCCCACAAUGUUGCUGACUGGUCACGAGGGAGAGGUGUUUUGCGCAGAGUUCUCUCCUGAUGGACGAGCCUUAGCCACUGGCUCCUUUGACAAAUCCCUGUACCUCUGGCACGUUUACGGCGAAUGCGAAAACUAUGGCGUCAUGAAGGGCCACGCAAAUGCCGUCCUUGAGGUUCACUGGAAACAUGAUGGUACUCAGCUGUAUACCUGCUCCGCAGACAAGAGCGUUUGUGUUUGGGACCCCGAAUCCGGCAAGCGCUUGAAGAAACUCAACGGGCACACCGCCAUCGUGAAUAGUAUGCAGACUUCCCGACGUGGCGUUCCAUACCUGGUAAGUGGAGGAGAUGAUGGUACCACGAAGUUGUGGGAUUUGCGCGUUCGGCGAUGUGUGCACACCUUUGAGCAUCAGUACCAAAUCCUGGCCGUCUCCUUUGAUGACACCGCAGAACGCAUCUUCUCAGGGUCAUUGGACAAUACUGUCCUGAUCUACGACAUGAGGAUGCGAGACCAAGACCCAGAGGUGCUGGAGGGCCAUGGCGACAGUAUUACCGGCCUGGAUGUCUCCAAGGAUGGGAACUUCUUGGCGACAAAUUCCAUGGACAACACGGUACGCAUUUGGGACGUUCGGCCCUUCGCUGGCCAAAGGAAUAGAUGCCUCCGAAUCAUGCGAGGUGCGACACAUAAUUUCGAGAAGAACCUCUUGCGUGUUCGCUGGUCCGAGAAGGAUGCGCUGCUUGCAGCCGGAUCAGCAUGCCAGAACGUGAACAUUUGGGACAUGAAGAUGCUUCAGCUCGCAUACAGGCUCCCAGGACACACGGGCAGUGUGAACGAGGUCUGCUUCCAUCCCAAGGAGCCCAUCAUUGCCUCGGUCGCCUCCGACAGGAUGGUCUUCAUGGGCGAGCUUGGCGACUGA